AUGCCCGCAGAGUCUGGAAAGAGAUUCAAACCCAGCAAGUAUGUUCCGGUCUCAGCAGCCGCCAUCUUCUUAGUGGGAGCUACGACCCUCUUCUUUGCCUUUACCUGUCCAGGACUAAGCCUCUAUGUGUCACCUGCAGUGCCCAUCUACAAUGCGAUUGUUUUUCUCUUCGUGCUGGCUAACUUCAGCAUGGCCACCUUCAUGGACCCAGGGAUUUUCCCUCGAGCUGAGGAGGAUGAAGACAAGGAAGAUGAUUUCCGAGCUCCCCUUUACAAAACAGUGGAAAUCAAGGGCAUCCAAGUGCGCAUGAAAUGGUGUGCCACCUGCCGAUUCUACCGUCCUCCUCGAUGUUCCCACUGCAGUGUCUGUGACAAUUGUGUGGAGGAAUUUGAUCAUCACUGCCCCUGGGUGAACAACUGUAUUGGUCGCCGGAACUACCGUUAUUUCUUCCUCUUCCUCCUUUCCCUGACAGUGCACAUUAUGGGUGUGUUUGGCUUUGGCCUCCUUUAUGUUCUCUACCACGUGGAGGAACUCUCAGGGGUCCACACAGCUGUCACGAUGGCAGUGAUGUGUGUGGCUGGCUUAUUCUUCAUCCCUGUAGCUGGCCUCACAGGAUUUCAUGUGGUGCUGGUGGCUAGGGGACGCACAACCAAUGAACAGGUAACAGGUAAAUUCCGGGGAGGUGUGAACCCCUUCACCAAUGGCUGCUGUAACAAUGUCAGCCGUGUACUCUGCAGUUCCCCAGCACCCAGGUAUUUGGGGAGACCAAAGAAAGAGAAGACCAUUGUAAUCAGACCUCCCUUCCUUCGACCAGAAGUGUCAGAUGGGCAGAUAACUGUGAAAAUUAUGGACAAUGGCAUCCAGGGAGAACUGAGGAGAACUAAGUCUAAAGGAAGCUUGGAGAUUACAGAGAGCCAGUCCGCUGAUGCUGAACCUCCACCUCCUCCUAAGCCAGACCUGAGCCGUUAUACAGGGCUACGAACACACCUCAACUUGGCUGCUAAUGAGGACAGCAGCCUGUUGAGCAAGGACAGCCCUCCCACACCUACCAUGUACAAGUAUCGGCCAGGCUACAGUAGCAGCAGCACAUCAGCCGCCAUGCCUCACUCUUCCAGCGCCAAGUUAAGUCGUGGUGACAGCUUGAAGGAGCCAACCUCAAUUGCAGAGAGCAGCCGCCAUCCCAGCUACCGGUCAGAACCCAGCCUGGAGCCAGAGAGCUUCCGCUCUCCCACUUUUGGCAAAAGCUUUCACUUCGAUCCAUUGUCCAGUGGUUCACGCUCCUCCAGCCUCAAGUCAGCCCAGGGCACAGGCUUUGAGCUGGGCCAGUUGCAAUCCAUCCGUUCAGAAGGCACAACCUCCACCUCCUAUAAGAGCUUGGUCAACCAGACACGCAAUGGAAGCUUAUCGUAUGACAGCCUGCUCACUCCUUCCGACAGCCCUGAUUUCGAGUCAGUGCAGGCAGGGCCUGAGCCAGACACACCGUUAGGCUACACCUCUCCCUUCCUGUCAGCCCGACUGGCUCAGCAGCGGGAAGCUGAGAGGCACCCACAUUUGGUGCCAACUGGCCCAGCACACCGAGAGUCCUCACCAGUCCGGUACGACAAUCUGUCGCGCCAUAUUGUGGCCUCCCUCCAGGAACGAGAGAAGCUGCUACGCCAGUCACCCCCACUCCCAGGUCGAGAGGAAGAACCAGGCUUGGGGGACUCAGGCAUUCAGUCGACACCAGGCUCAGGCCAUGCCCCUCGUACUAGUUCCUCCUCAGAUGAUUCGAAGAGGUCACCCUUGGGCAAGACUCCAUUGGGACGCCCAGCUGUGCCCCGAUUUGGCAAGCCAGAUGGACUAAGGAGCCGGGGUCUAGGGUCCCCUGAAUCAGGCCCAACUGCUCCAUACCUGGGCCGAUCCAUGUCGUAUAGCAGCCAAAAAGCUCCACCUGGUGUCUCUGAGACUGAAGAAGUGGCCUUGCAGCCGUUACUGACACCCAAAGAUGAAGUACAGCUCAAGACCGCCUACAGCAAGUCCAAUGGGCAGCCCAAGAGUAUAGGCUCAGCUUCCCCUGGCCCAGGCCAGCCACCUCUCAGUAGCCCCACAAGGGGAGGAGUCAAGAAGGUGUCAGGAGUAGGUGGUACCACCUACGAGAUUUCAGUGUGA